AUAGUUGCAAAAUGAGUUUAGCUGAUUUAUUAGCCCAGUCUAGGACGCUUACAACGCACUUAUCAAAACCUGAUUUACCACAAAUACACCUCGGUUUAGACCAAAUUGAGAAUCAGUCAAAGAAACUAGUACACAAGCAACGCGGUGAUAUCGACUCACGAGCACACUACUUGCUCGCUUCAGGCGGAUUGAAUGCUAGUGACUUGUCUUCAAAGAUAUUCAACGUCAAUAGCAACCUCAACAGCACUUUUGAACCCCUCCAGCCUUUGCAUGACAACGACGUCCAGGGCUAUCUUAGGCACGACUACGAGCAGACUAUCAUUUCAGCCAUAGAAGAGGGCAGGAGAGAUACCCUCAACGACUUCCAUGAUAAUUUGGCUACAAACAUGCAAACUUCCUGGGAUAAGCGCAAGGCUGCUAUUUUUGAAGAGCUAGGCCAACACGCUACAGGUAUAGCCCCUACUAUGGAUUACCUUCCAGAGUCUUCUCUUUCAGCUUCCGUUCACGCAUCAAUCCCUUCAACUAGCCUCGCUAUGAAUACCCGGAUGAACAGCUACGUAAACGUCGUAAAGAAACUCAACGAAUAUCGUUUACAAGGCUACAAUUACGGUUUAAUCUCAGAAUUCGCUAACGUAGCAAAAUCAUUGUCAACCACAGACUCCCGCUCGAAUCAAGUACACGAUUGUUGGAACCUUUUAGCAUCCAGCCUAAGAGAGAAGAGUGUUGUUAAUGGAGAGUUUCAAAGGGCAGCCCUUAGUGAACGUGAAUACGCUCAUGCUUAUCUUUUCGAGAGCGUCGAAAGCGAAUCAGCCAGAAAUUUGCGUACAAUGUGGACAAACGGCUCAAAGCGUUUCUUAGAACAUCAAUUCUUGAAAUAUAUCGAAAAGAUUAUCGUACAAAAUCCAUCACAAGCUCAAGUUGGUGGUGUACCUCUCAUUCAAAACAAGGUUAGAGGUUUCUUGAACGUGAAAUACCGCAAAAAUGGUGGCUGGUCAGAUCCAAAGAUUGAGAUCAUCUCGGGUCAACCAAUCUGGGCUAUGCUCUUCACCCUUCUUCGCACUGGACAUGCUCAAGAAGCCCUUGAAUUAGCUACUGAAAGUGAGGAAGCUUUGGGUAAAACUGAAAGAGAGUUUGUUCCGUAUUUCAAGGCAUGGUUAGAUUCUCCAGAUCAACGCCUUCCAAAGCAACUCAGGGACAGAUUCAUGUCAACUUACAACACAAGAAUUAGAUUUGCGGCUGAGAGUGGAUCUAUCGAUCCAUAUAAGCACGCUCUUUACAAGCUUGUUGGUAGAGCGGAACUUUCAAGACGUAAUCUUCCAUCAGUUACUAAUACAACUGAAGACUGGUUAUGGUUACAACUCUCACUUGUUAGAGAAAGCUCACCAGGUGAAGAUACGCCUUCUGAGUCAUUCGGUUUGAGAGAAUUGGCUGGUUUAUUGCUCAAAUUCGGUGAAAAACAUUUCGAUCCAAAAGGAAACAAUCCUAUCAAAUACUUCACCGUUUUGCUCCUUUGCGGUCAAUUCGAGAGAGCUGUUGGGUAUCUCUACAAUAAUCUGCAAUACCAAGUAGACGCUGUGCAAUUCGCAGUUGCCUUGUCUUACUAUGGCUUACUCAGGGCGCCGGAGAAAUCACAUACCUCUGAAAUUGAGCUACUCACAUCAGACGCAAAUGGACAACCAGCACUAGAUUUCGCAAGGAUAAUACAUAGAUACACACGUAUAUUCGCACGUUCUGAUCCACAAGAAGCGCUUCAAUAUCUCUACUUGAUUUGUCUUAACAGUGACGCACCACAACCUAUCUCAAGACAACAAAUCGCACUGUGUCAUGCCUAUAUCAAGGACCUUGUACUCGAAACCAGAUCGUACGCACACUUACUCGGUGAAGUCAAACCAGAUGGCACUAAAACUCAAGGUUUGAUUGAACGCGAUUUGAAACUUAUUAAGCUCGAUGAUGAGCGUGAUUACCUUCUCAAUAUUGUCAAAUCUGCAGCCUCUCGAGCUGAACUCGAGAAGCGUACAAAGGAUGCAAUUUUAUUAUACAAUCUUGCAGAAGAAUAUGACGUUGUUGUCACCGUUCUCUGUCGGGAAUUGGGUGCAUCAUUGUCUGUUAAUCCUGCUCCACAAAAUGAUGAUAUUUUCGAUCUCGCACGUGGUAUACUCGAUCAUUAUAAGCGUGACGCAAGAAUCGCACAUCGCGUUAGCCAGAAGAACAGAGAAACUGUUGGCGUUCUCCUUAGAUUGAAAGAGGCACUCACACUUUAUGAACAAUCACAAUUAGACGCUGCACUUAGCACAAUUGAAGAUGUCAAACUUAUCCCUCUCAACGGAGAUGUUAUUAGUAUUACGAGAAAAAGUGAAGAGUUUAAAGAUUUGGAUGAAAGUAUUUCACGUAAUCUCUCCGAUGUUUUACUCAUCACUAUGAACAUACUCUUCAAGAUACAUGCAAACUUAAAAGAAUCUCCAUUUGGUGAUAGCUCGAGACAAAACAAAAUGUCACAGCUCCGCGCUAAAGCUCGUACUCUCAUGAUGUUCGUUGGUCUCCUGAGAUUUAGGAUCUCCAGUGAUGUCCUUCAACAACUCUCCAGAUUAGACGUUAUGAUGGUCUAAAAUUACUUAUUGAAAGUUUCUAAUUUAUGCAUUUUUGUUAAAACAAUUGAAAUAUUUAAUUAAGACAGUGAGUAGUGAGUUGUAUAAAAUUUAGGUAUCACACCUAAUGGUGGUGAGAUUUCUCAUAAGUACCUUCGAGUUUCUUCUCUUGUAUUGCUCUUGACGUUUCUGCUAACCAUGCUGCACUCUCCUCGCGUGUAAAGCCUAACUUUCUGUGUGGGUAAUUAGCAUUUAUAUGAACGGCCUACAUAUCCACUCACGUUCCACGAGUGAUGGCAUCUGGCUCCUGAAGAGAAAGUGGAUUUAAAUGCUUGUUCAAAUCCAAUUCGGAGAGUGUGUGGUUCGUGAAGCGAUGGUUACUCUCAUCAGCUCGGACAACCAUAACGAGAUCCAACAUAGUGCUAUCAGCUGGUAAUUGCCAAUAACCACGUGCUAUCGAUGGGAUCUCCUUAUGUUUCCAACCAGGAACAUAGCCAGCUUUUAUUUCUGGAGUUGCGUGAGACCAGAAGUUAAAAUAAAAGUAGGAAUACAUACCUUUCAUUGCUCUUGUGUAAGUGACAACAGCUUCCUCUUCCAAGACUGCAGUAAAUCUAUGACAAAUCUUUGGGUUGAUAAGGUACGACACGAAGAACAAGUUGAAGAAAACACCUUGAGCGCCUAAAACCAUUGCUCGCAUCCAGAUUGAUGGUUUUUCAACAGCAAGGAAUGACAUAAGGUGCAUCCUUUCGUUUUCAGCCUCUAUUUUUGGUGAGCGUUAUCUUACUCUAAUGUAUGACGUACCUGCAAGUAACAUAUUGAUGUAACCCCCAUCACGGUCCAUACGUCUCAAGCUACGGAGAUGACGGAGCAUACUGGCUACAAAACCUGGUACACCAGCUACUGAUUCGAGGAAAAUGAAUCUUCUUAGCCAUUGUUUUUCACUCAAAACAUAUCCUUUACUAAUCAACCAUGGUAAUGGCUUGUCUUUAACGUCUGGUGUUAUCUCUCUAUGUUUAUAUCCAGUCACAAUGUCAAAGCUGCUUCUGAGGAGCUUUACUAGUGCAUUUGCGAGCCUAUCACUUAGUGUUUUCUUCUCAAAUUCAAGAAUCUUUACACUGUCGAGUUCCUCUUUAGUGUAGACUGGACUUGUGAGUAAAUAGUCGCCUAAUGGUUUAUUGUUCCAAUCUAAUGUUUGUUGUUCAAUCCUUUGGAAUGGAGCUGUCUUCUGGAAGUGAACACCUUCUGUACCAGUUUUCUUAGAUAAAUCUAGAUCACUGUUUGCGUGGGUUUUCUCGUAGUUUACAUCUUCUACCGUAGGUUUACUUGACUGGGGAUAGCCAGGGUUGCUAGAUGUAGCUCUGCUAGCGGCGAAUAGCUGUGAAGAUGUUGAUAAGCUAUUUGCUUGAAGGAUACCCCUAGUCAGUGGCAAUGCCACGUAUGUUGAUAUCUUUGAACGUGCAAGUAACAUUUUAAAAGUCUGUUAUUGUGGGUGUUUGUU